CAGUGCGGAGCAGCUCUGUUAAGUGCGGAGCAGCUCUGUUAAGUGAAAAUAAAUAACAAAUGCGGCGGCUGUUACAAAAUAGCAAUGGACAAUUAUUUGUCACCCAAAUUGUGUCCAGGCACGCAAGCAGCAGUGGCGCUAGCUCCCACGUCCACAAGCCACAAAAGGAGCCGCGAAAACAACAGCAACAGCAGCCUAAGGCCACAACAACACAAACAACAGAAGCGGUCAGCAGAGAAGAUAAAUUUGGUGCCAAAUAUUGCAUGGGCCUGGUGGAAAAAUUCGAUUAUGAGAACUAUUUGACCACUCUGCUACUGCCAAAGGAGCUACGUCCCGCGGCAUUUGCUCUUCGUGCCUUCAAUGUGGAGGUCUCCCGCGCCGUGGGCGCCCAGCUGAGUGAGCCACAAAUAGCUAAAUUGCGGCUUAAGUUUUGGUACGAUUCCAUAGACAAGUGCUUCGAGCCAAAGUCAAGUAGUUCCUAUGUCAAGGAUCAGCCCGUGCUGCGCGAACUGCGACGCACGGUGGGCACAACCAAGCUGAACAAGCUAUAUUUACGCCGUCUGGUUACCGCACGCGAGCGUGCUCCCAAUCAAGCAUUCGAGACGAUACGCGAGCUGGAGGACUAUGCAGAUCAGACCUGCUCAUCGCUGCUGCAUCUGCUGGUGCAGCUGAGCGGCAUACACGAUAUACAGGUGGAUCAUGCUGCCUCGCAUUUGGGCAAGGCACAGGGCAUUUCGAUGCUGUUGCGUGCCAUACCGCAUGCCGGACGCCAGCAAGCGGUUUGUGUGCCGCUCGAGGUGCUGGUGCGGCAUGGCGUCAGUCAAGAGCGCAUCCUGCGCAGCCAGCGUGAUGACAAGGGCGUCGAGGAGUGCAUCUUUGAGGUGGCGAGUGCGGCCAAUGCACACUUAAAAUUGACGCGGCAGCUGUUGCCGCAAAUGCCGCGGCUUGUGCGCAAGAUAUUUCUGCCAGCCGUGCCCACUGAGGGCUACUUGGAGCGCUUGCGCCGGGCGCGCUUUCAGCUUACGCAUCCGAGUUGCAUCAAACGGGACACCAUGUUGCCGGCGCGUCUCUUCUGGAAGACGCUGUUUAACAAAUACUGAAAUUGAAAUUAUCAUUAGUGUACGGGCUGUUGAAAUUUGUUAAUUAUUAAAAUCAAUUAGCUAAAAAGCGUUCAUUGAAUCUGUUACCAAAGGAUCGAUAACAGAAUCGAUGCCCAACACUGGCGACCAGUGUGUAUCGAUGCCUUGUAGUUGCUGCUGUUUCUUGAAAGUAGCGCGUUGUGGAUUUUUUUUUUUAGUUUUUAGU